AUCUCUCUCUGCGUCCAUUUCCUACCAUUCCUUCAAAUUUCAAAAACAUCAAUAAUUCAAACGCUCAAGAUUCUUCUGCGCAAAGAAUAUUAUUCACAUGUAAAAGAUUCUCAUUCAUAAAUAUAUAUUUCCAUAUAUACACAUUCAUUUCUUGGAAAGCUUACUAAGAAGAUCAGAGGGAGAAGCGCUGGCUGUGUUGAUUGUUCGAUUUGAAGAUUCCUUUUGUUGCAACCGCUGAGACUGUUUGAGUUAUCGCUGUGACAAAAAGCAUGGCCAUCGAAGUCGAAGACUCGAUCGAUUCAGGCCAUGCACGUUUACAUGAGCUAGGAUACAAACAAGAACUCAAGCGCGACCUCUCGGUUUUGUCGAAUUUUGCGUUUUCGUUCAGCGUUGUGUCUGUGCUCACGGGUUUGAACAGCCUUUAUGGCACUGGGUUGAAUUUUGGAGGUCCGAUUUCGUAUAUCUAUGGAUGGCUAAUUGCGGGUACUUUCACCAUGUUUGUUGGGCUGUCUAUGGCGGAAAUAUGCUCUUCUUAUCCCACUUCUGGGGGUCUCUAUUACUGGAGUGCCAAACUUGCUGGCCCAAGAUGGGCACCUUUUGCUUCGUGGAUCACCGGCUGGUUUAACGUUAUUGGUCAGUGGGCAGUAACAACAAGUGUAGAUUUUUCACUUGCACAGUUGAUUCAAGUGAUGAUUCUCCUUGGCACAGGUGGGAAAAAUGGUGGUGGUUAUGAAGCCUCUAAAUAUGUUGUUAUGGCUAUGCAUGGGGGAAUUCUUCUCUCACAUGCUAUCUUAAAUAGUCUCCCUAUCACGCUAUUGUCCUUCCUUGGGCAGCUAGCUGCUGUAUGGAAUGUAUUAGGUGUCUUUCUUCUCAUGAUUUUAAUCCCCACCGUUGCAACUGAAAGAGCCAGUGCCAAGUUUGUUUUUACAAACUUCAACACAGAUAAUGAUGAUAGGAUUCAUAGCAAAGUUUACAUAUUUGUCCUCGGGCUCCUUAUGAGCCAGUAUACAUUAACAGGUUAUGAUGCAUCUGCUCAUAUGACGGAGGAAACCAAAAAUGCAGAUGUGAAUGGGCCAAAGGGAAUCAUAAGUGCCAUUGGCAUUUCCCUUCUAGCUGGAUGGUGCUAUCUACUCGGUAUAUCCUUUGCAAUCACCGACAUCCCACAUCUUGUGGAUUUAAAUAAUGAUGCGGGUGGUUAUGCUAUUGGUCAAAUAUUUUAUGAUGCAUUUAAGAGUAGAUAUGGCAGUGGCACUGGUGCAAUUGUGUGCUUAGGCAUUAUUGCAGUUGCCAUAUACUUCUGUGGCAUGAGCUCACUGACUAGCAACUCAAGGAUGGCAUAUGCAUUCUCAAGAGAUGGAGCCAUGCCGUUUUCUCAAUUCUGGCAUAAAGUAAACAGGCGUGAGGUUCCAAUUAAUGCAGUUUGGGCUUCAAGUCUCAUAGCGUUUUGCAUGGCACUUACGUCUCUUGGAAGCUUGGUGGCAUUUCAAGCCAUGACGUCAAUAGCAACAAUCGGGUUGUACGUUGCAUAUGCCCUGCCAUCCUUGUUUCGGGUGACUUUGGCAAGAAAAUCAUUCAUCCCGGGACCUUUUAACUUGGGGCGCUAUGGGGUUAUCGUAGGUUGGAUCUCUGUACUAUGGGUGGCAACAAUUUCUGUGCUCUUCUCAUUGCCUGUAGCUUAUCCUAUUACAGAUCAAACUCUGAAUUACACUCCUGUAGCAGUUGGAGGCCUUCUUAUUCUUGUUGUUUCUUCAUGGAUAUUUAGUGCUAGGCAUUGGUUUAAAGGCCCUAUCACAAACAUAGAUAGCUCUUCUGGUGAAGAUGCAUAGUAUUAUGGCAGUCUCUGAUCUAUAGUUACAAAGUGUAGCAAUUAUUAGUGAAUAUCUCAACUAUAUUACAAAGGCUACAUAUCCUUUAUUGAAAUGACUAUUUUAAUUUUUAACUUGUAA